AUGUGGUUGCUAGAGGAACUCGGUAUCAAGUAUGAAUUGAAAACUUACAAGCGGACCAAGGCAGGCCUCGCGCCUCCGGAGCUAAAGAAAGUACACCCCCUUGGUAAGUCUCCCAUGCUUACCAUCGAGCCCCCUGGCUCCACUACGCCUAUCGUGCUUGCAGAAUCUGCCGCGAUUACCGAGUAUUUAUGUGACUACUUUGGGAAAUGGCUUGUCCCUCAGCGGUAUCGAGAUGGUAAGGGCGGCCAAAUCGGGGGAGAAACGGAGUCAUGGUUACGAUUUAGGAUGCUUAUGCACUACGCAGAGGGCAGCUUAAUGCCCUUUAUGCUGAUCAGCAUCAUCGUCCAGAGAAUCAGAAGUUCGCCCGUACCCUUCUUCAUCAAGCCAAUCACCAACGGCGUGGCGGGAAAGAUUGACUCGAGCUUCUUAAGACCAAAUUUCAAGACUCACUACGAUUUUCUCGAGGGCCAAUUGAAGACUUCGCCCGAUGACGGUGGCUUUUUGUGUGGCAAAGCUAUUACCGCCGCGGAUAUUAUGCUAUCCUUUCCCUUGCAAGCUGGUCAGAGUCGAACGGGUUUCACGAAAGAAGACUAUCCAAAAGUGUGGGAGUACCUCAAUCGCCUUCAGGAAAGAGAAGCAUAUAAGCGUGCUGUCCAGAAAAUCAUCGAUGUUGAGGGAGAAUUCAAAACUACCCUUUGA